AUGCCUCUACCAAAAGAUUCAUACUUCAACCGUAUCAUCUCAAGCAUGUUCUUUGGAUGGUGUGCGGAGAUCGCUUAUGAGUUUGGUUUGUUUCAUGCUAUAUUUAUUGCAGGUGGUGGCUUUGGCUUUGCUUGUUACUACUCCUUGUGGCUAAAACUUCCUCAUAGCAACUCAGAUUCUGAUGAAUUAGAGUUGCCUGAUUUUCCUGAAGCUUCUACUCUUCAUGUUACUCAGAUGUCAGAUACUGUAAGAGCUGCUGAUGGGAGUGAUUCUUUUUCAGUUUUUGUGAAGAAAGUGUUUCCUCUUUGGGUCAAAGCUGAUGCAAUUUUGGUUAACACAGUUGAGGAAUUUGACAAGACAGGAUUAAACUAUUUCAGGAGAAAAAUCGGCCGACCGGUUUGGCCUGUUGGGCCUGUUCUUUUCUCUUCAGGAAACAAAGCUCGAGCUGGUAAAGAGUUUGGUCUAUCACAAGAGAUUUGCAAAAAUUGGCUUGAUAAAAAACCUUCUUGUUCAGUUCUCUAUGUGUCAUUUGGGUCACAGAACACCAUAUCUUCAUCACAAAUGAUGCAAUUGGCAAUGGCUUUAGAAGCUUGUGGCAAGAAUUUUAUAUGGGUUGUGAGACCACCAAUUGGCUUUGACAUAAACUCAGAAUUUAAAGCCAAUGAAUGGUUGCCUGAAGGAUUUGAAGAAAGGAUCAGAGACUCAGGCCGUGGACUAGUAGUUCAUACAUGGGCACCCCAAGUGGAGAUUUUAUCUCACAAAUCUUUAUCUGCAUUUUUGAGUCAUUGUGGCUGGAACUCUGUGCUUGAAUCACUGAGCCGCGGAGUGCCGAUGAUUGGGUGGCCAAUGGCGGCAGAGCAGUUCUAUAAUGUGAAGUUGUUGGAAGAGAAGAUUGGAGUAUGUGUGGAGGUUGCUAGAGGGAAGAACUGUGAGAUUUUUCAUGAGGAAAUAGUGGCGAAAAUUGAGUUGGUGAUGAAUGAGAGUGAGAAAGGAAAGGAAAUGAGAAAGAAAGCUUGGGAAAUUAAGGAGAUUAUUAACAAUGCAACCAAAGAUGAGGAAAAUUUUAAAGGGUCAUCUAUGGAAGCCAUGGAUCAAUUCUUGAAUGCUGCAUCGAAGCUAAGGGGAGAAGACAAAGGGGAAAUCCAUGGAGCUCCUCUGUCAGUUCAUGAAGAAAAAUCUUGCAUUUGCAUUAAUUAAAUAACAUCAAAGAAAGUAAUACUGUCUCUAAUCAACUGUACUUUGUAAGAUCCCUAUUACUAUGAUUAAGAGUGAGCUUGCCCAAGAUUAUAAUUAAUUUUCCUUUAGGUAAACUAUUGCAUA